AGAAUGGCUGCAGAAAAUCACUCUGCAGUGACAGAGUUCAUUCUUGGAGGUUUAACAAAUCGGCCAGAGCUCCAGCUCCCCCUCUUCCUCCUCUUCCUUGGGAUCUACUCAGUCACCAUGAUAGGGAAUCUGGGUGUGAUAACGCUGAUUUGUCUGAAUGCUCAGCUUCACACCCCCAUGUACUUCUUCCUCAGCAAUCUGUCGUUCGUGGAUCUCUGCUACUCCUCUGUCAUUACCCCGAAAAUGCUGGUGAACUUUGUGUCAGAGAAGAACACCAUCUCCUAUGCAGGGUGCAUGUCCCAGCUCUACUUCUUCCUUGUGUUUGUCAUUGCUGAGUGUUACAUGCUGACAGCGAUGGCUUAUGAUCGCUAUGUUGCCAUCUGCAGACCUUUGCUUUACAACAUCAUCAUGACUCAUGGAGUCUGCUCCCCACUGGUGGCUGUGGUCUACGCAAUGGGGCUCAUUGGCUCAACCAUAGAGAUUGUCCUCAUGUUGAAACUGCCCUAUUGUGAGCACUUCAUCAGUCAUUACUUCUGUGACGUCAUCUCACUCAUGAAGCUCUCCUGCUCUAGCACCUAUGACAUUGAGGUGACAACUUUCUUUUUGGCUGGAUUCAACAUUGUGGUCACCAGCUUAGCAAUCUUUGUUUCCUAUGCCUUCAUCCUGUCCAGCAUCCUCGACAUCCACUCCACAGAGGGAAGGUCCAAAGCCUUCAGCACCUGCAGCUCCCAUCUUGCAGCUGUGGGAUUAUUUUAUGGAUCUACCAUGUUCCUGUACUUAAAACCCUCUGCAGACAAUUCCCUGGCCCAGGAGACUGUGGUCUCUCUAUUCUACACCACAGUGAUCCCCAUGCUGAACCCUCUAAUCUACAGUUUGAGGAAUAAGGAGGUCAAGGCUGCCAUGCAGAAAACUCUAAGGAGAACAUUCUUUGGGUGCAGAUGUCAUUAUUCUUUCUCAGGUUGAAAAUUGGGAUAGAAAUAUAGGGGAGAAGCCCUUUACAAGCUUAUGCACACAUGAAUAGAAAACAGCCCCUUCUCAGCAUGACCUGUUGAAUGCAUUUACUCAUUUUUCCCUCUUCCCUUUCUCCCUUUCACAUCUUUCAUGUCUUACAGGUUGAAUCUUGCUGGUUUCAAGUUCAUGGGGUUUUUUUUCCCUUUUGUGAUCAGUUGUUUGUUUGGAUAUCCUUUGCUCUCUGGUAAACAUGUAUCUAUCUUGAUUGCAACAUAAAUUUAGAACUUUCAGCAAUGAAUUUAAGACAGCUGUCCAUUGAUUUACCGUCUUCUAUAGAGAAAUAUUACCCAAACUAAUAGUUAAGUUGCACUUGAGAGUACACAAAUGGAGAUGAGUUCAAAAGUCUCAAGAAGUCACAAAGUCUUUCUCACCCAGAUGUAUGCCUUUAUUCUCUCUCUUAUUAUACUGUUACUAUCUCAUUUGUGCCAAGA